UUUCACGCUUUUCACAUAUUACUUCUUUUAAACAAAUAAUAAACAAAAAUGUUAUAAAUCCUGUUGUAUCUACUCAACCCCGUAGAUAUGCUUCAGGAAUAACCAAAGAAGAGAAAAUUUUAGCCCGUGUCGAAGAAAUGCGUGCUCAAGCUCAACUUGGUGGUGGCCUUAAGCGUAUUAAAGCUCAACAUGAUAAAGGAAAAUUAACCGCACGAGAACGUGUUGAAUUGUUACUAGAUCCAGGCUCUCUUAUGGAAUAUGAUACAUUUGUAGAACAUCAAUGUACGGAUUUUGGAAUGGAUAAGAAUAAAAUUAUAGGUGAUGGUGUAAUAACAGGACAUGGUACCAUAAAUGGUCGAAGGAUUUUUGUGUUUUCGCAAGAUUUUACUACAUUCGGUGGUAGUUUAUCAAAAAUGCAUGCACUUAAAAUUUGUAAGAUUAUGGAUAAAGCUAUGCUAGUCGGUGCUCCUGUUGUUGGAUUAAAUGAUUCUGGCGGUGCCCGUAUACAAGAAGGUGUUGAUUCUCUUGCUGGAUACGCUGAAAUUUUUCAAAGGAACGUUUUAUCUUCCGGUGUCGUACCUCAAAUUUCUUUAAUUAUGGGUCCAUGUGCAGGUGGUGCCGUGUAUUCACCGGCUCUUACAGAUUUUACCUUUAUGGUUCGUGAUACUUCUUAUCUAUUCGUUACCGGACCUGAUGUCGUGAAAGCUGUUUGUAAUGAAGACGUAACGCAAGAAGAACUCGGUGGUGCAAAAGCACAUACUGUCUUGUCUGGUGUCGCGCAUGCUGCUUUCGAAAACGACAUCCAAGCUAUCCAAAGAACUCGUGAUUUUAUCGAUUACCUGCCUUUAUCAAAUAGGGAAAAGGCACCAGUACGUUUUACGGAUGAUUCACCAACUCGAGAAGAUCCAUCGUUAAAUCAUAUAAUACCCGCAGAUUCGACAAAAGCAUAUGAUAUUAGAGAUGUAAUAACAAGAAUUAUCGAUGAUGGGAUUUUUUUCGAGAUAAUGCCAGAUUAUGCAAAAAAUAUUGUAAUAGGAUUCGCCAGAAUGGCAGGUAGAACAGUAUCGAUAGUUGGUAAUCAACCCUUAGUAUCAUCAGGAGUAUUAGAUAUUAAUAGUAGUGUUAAAGCUGCUAGAUUUGUUAGAUUUUGUGAUGCUUUUAAUAUACCUAUUAUUACUUUAGUUGAUGUACCUGGUUUCCUUCCUGGUACUGCUCAAGAACAUAAUGGUAUCAUUAGACAUGGUGCUAAAUUACUUUACGCUUAUGCUGAAGCUACUGUACCUAAAAUCACUGUCAUUACAAGAAAAGCCUAUGGAGGUGCUUAUGAUGUCAUGUCAAGCAAACAUCUUCGUGGUGACAUAAAUUAUUCUUGGCCAACUGGUGAAAUCGCUGUUAUGGGUGCAAAAGGAGCCGUUGAAAUCAUUUUCCGUCAUUUUGCUAAUCCUUUACCAGCAGCACAGAGAGGUUUCAUCGACGACAUUAUUUUACCUUCUGUAACAAGAAAAAGAAUUAUUGAAGAUUUAAUAGUAUUAGAAAACAAACAAUUACCAAUAAUUUAUAAAAAGCACGAUAAUUGCCCUUUAUAA